GGUACAGACUGCAAGUCUAUGGCCAUUGAGACGGAUGUUCAGGUGGCAGAACAGGCACAGCAGCGCCACCUACAGGCUUUGUUUGACAAGUAUGGGCAAAACGGGAGUAUCUCCUUAGAAGGCCUGUACAACCUACUAAAGGGGGUGGGGCUAGACCGAAUCCGAAAAGUGAUGGUGCAUCACCAUGGCAACGGACAUAAUCACACACACGCGCAUGAUCACACGCACACUCAUGUGGACAAACUCACCACACACUCACAUCCCGCCACCAGCAAGAAGGGGGGUAUUGACCAUAACGUGGAGAAGAGUGACCCCAUCCCAAAUGUGCAGCCUGAUCCCGCCUCUGGGAAGAAAAGCCAGUCGGAUGCUCAUCACAAUCUCUACAUGAAGAUGAAUCAGGACUUGACCACAACUUUGACUACACCGUCUUACGUCACAAAAUCACGGCGGACCAAUCGUAGCGCUGACUAUGAUUUAACGCAGGACCAUGCCUCCUUUAACUCCACCCAGGCCAAUGUAACGCAGUCUAACCACACCCACCAGACUGAGGACACACCCACCCAUGCGCAAGAUGACCAUGAUCAGCAUGGACUUGACCAUUCGAGUCUAGCGUGCCUAAAUGCCUCCACAAUCCUGCAGUCACAUGGCAUGACAAAGGAAAUGGGUCUCACUGUCAAGGACUUCAGUUACCUUUGCCCUGCCCUUCUCAUGCAGAUUGAUUCCAAUUCUUGCCUCUUGCAUGACGAUGACCAUUCAGAUCAUUCCCAUAACCACCACCACCACCACCAUCAUCAUCAUCAUCACAGUCAUCUACAUAAUCACACCAAUAACAGAAGCCCGAGGAAUGCUUCAAUUAGCAUUG